UGCACCUUUGCACAUGCGCACUGUUAAUGAAAUUUGGCUCUGGUACCUAUCGUCUCGUAAACGCCAACAGAGCAAUGUGGUCAUUAAGUCCGCGUUAGUUCCUUAAUUAUUUUACGUUUGCAGCUAUUCGUCUAAGGUGUGACAAACUAAACCUUAUUUAUUCUUUGUGUCAGGAUGAACUUGACUCUGUGAACUUUGAAGCUUCUGAGGCUAAUCUAGCCUGCUAGUUAGCUUAGCUUGCUAGCUGCUAACAAGUUAGCAACACAUCGCUAAGCAGACACAAGUGUGAGUGUAAAGUGUUGUGAUAAUGUGUAAAAUACGAAUGCUGAGUGUUGGUGAAUUAGCGACUAAGUGCGGCUGUGGAAGAAAUAUGUGUAGUGUUAGAAAGAUAGUACAGCACGAGAAGGAACUUUGUCUACCAAAAGAGGAGAACUAGCGACAACGUCAACUACUGGACGCUGUUUUCACAAGGCAUCAAGUUGUGUUACACAGAACAGGGGUCGCGGGGGGUGCUGGCGCCUAUCUCAGCUGCAUUCGGGCGACGUCUGUGAGAAACAUCUUCUCCCUGAGCGGCAGGAGUGGACCUCCAGGAUGGAGCAGGAGAAACCACAGCCCCCCCAUAUUAAAAGGGAAGUUGAGAAGCUACAGCCCACCCACGUUAAAGAGGAAAAUGAGGAGAUACAGCCCCCCCACAUUAAAGAGGAAAUUAAUGAGCUACAGACCCCACAUGGUAAAGAGGAAAAAGAGCCAAAGCCCACCCACUUUAAUGAAGAAGAGGAGGAGCUACAGACCCCACACGUUAAAGAGGAAGAAGAAGAACACAGCAUCAGUCAGAAUGGAGAGCAACAUGAAGGACUGGGGGAGGUUGAUGUCCCCAAGAUGCCAUUGACUGGUGUCAUUGUGAAGAGUGACGAUGAUGAGGUCAAAAGUGAAAGUGAGGAGAGAGAGGUGGAGCCUCCAAGCAGCAGCUCAACUCAACACAUGACAACAGAAGCUGAUGGAGACCACUGUGGAGGAUCACAAGCGGACAAGCUCUUAGCUCCACUAUCAGAUAGUGAUGAAAUGACGUCACACUCUCCUGACACUGAUGAUGAAGACUCUGAAGCUGAUACAACAUGUCACACUGACAACACACACUUUGAAUGUUCUCACUGUGGCAAAACGUUUAAUCACCGUCGUAAUCUGAAACCACACAUGAGAAUACACACUGGUGAGAAACCAUUUUCCUGUUCAAGGUGUGGCAAAAGUUUUAGACAAAAUGGUGAUUUGAAAACACACAUGAGAACACACACCGGAGAAAAACCUUUUUCCUGUUCAAUCUGUGGUAAAGGUUUUACACGAAAUAGUUUUUUGAAUACACACACAAGAACACACACUGGUGAAAAAUAUUUCAUUUGUUCGAUCUGUGGUAAAGGGUUUGUACGAAAUGAUACGUUGAAAUUACACAUGAGAAUACACACUGGUGAAAAAACUUUUAUCUGUUCAAACUGUGGUAAAAGUUUUACACAAAAUCAUCAUUUGAAAAAACACAUGACGACACACACUGGUGAAAAAAAAUUAAUGUGUUCAAACUGUGGUAAAGGUUUUGUACAAAAUAGCGAUUUGAAAAGACACAUGAGAACACACACUGGAGAAAAACGCUUUGUCUGUACAAGCUGCGGUAAAGGUUUUGCACAAAAUACUCAUUUGAAAAGACACAUGCGAACACACACUGAAGAAAAACUUUUUGUUUGUACAUAGUGUUUUGAAAGAACACUUGCCAAUACAGUCUGCUAAAUCUGUGCUGAAGGUUUUGUACGAAAAGAUAGUUGAAAUUACACAUGAGAACACACACUUGUGAGAAAAUGCGUUCUUAAAAGUACCAGUGUAAGAAGCACAAGUGAAACCAUCAGCAGCAAAUGACGCUGCAAGAUUUUAAAUAAACUGUCAAAAUAUUGUUAACUCUGACUUUUUGACAACACCACAUAUCAAUCUUUGUUUAUCUAAUCAAACUUGAGUUGUGAAGCUUUUUUCAUACAUUCAAAGCCCCGAUGAA